ACGCAUGCGUACUGAGUGAGUCUCCAAAAUAGCCCCUUGACUAAGUGGCAGCUUUAAAAACCAUCCAGCUGCUGACUUCAAACUAGAAGGUCAGCAAAGGAAAGUGGAAGUUGGAUUCUGAACGAUCAAGGUGCCCACAGGAAUUUAACAGUGGUUGGGAUUUUGGAGACUUGACCAACUAGACUGGGGCUUCUCCUUGGCUUUCUUGCCUGUCGCCUGUCUUUGUCUUCUGUCUUCAGACCUCAAGAUGAACGUGCAGGCUUGCUCUAGGUGUGGGUAUGGAGUGUAUCCUGCUGAGAAGAUCAGCUGUCUAGAUCAGAUAUGGCAUAAAGCGUGUUUUCACUGUGAAGUUUGCAAGAUGAUGCUGUCAGUUAAUAACUUUGUGAGUCACCAGAAAAAGCCAUACUGUCAUGCCCAUAACCCCAAGAACAACACUUUCACAAGUGUUUAUCACACUCCAUUAAAUCUAAGUGUGAGGAAAUCUCCAGAGGCCAUCUGUGGGACUGAUGACCAAGACAAUGGUGGACGGUUUAAAUCUGUUUUUCACUGGGACAUGAAAGCCAAGGAUGGGGCAGCCGCACCUAACAGGCAACUGGUGAACGAGAGAGCCUAUUGGACUGGAUAUGGGGAAGGGAAUUCUUGGUGCCCAGGAGCUCUGCCAGACCCUGAAAUCGUAAGGAUGGUUGAGGCUCGAAAGUCUUUUGGUGAGGAAUAUACAGAAGACCCUGGGCAACAGAGGGGCAAAGGCAGCUUUCCAGCCAUGAUCACGCCUGCUUAUCAAAGGGCCAAGAGAGCCAACCAGCUGGCCAGCCAAGUCGAAUACAAGAGAGGGCAUGAUGAGCGCAUCUCCAGGUUCACUACAGUGGCGGAUACCCCUGAGCUGCUACGGGCCAAGGCCGGGGGACAGCUUCAAAGUGAUGUGAGCUACACAGAGGACUAUGAACAGCAGAGAGGGAAAGGCAGUUUUCCUGCUAUGAUCACACCUGCUUAUCAGAUAGCCAAACGAGCCAAUGAGCUGGCGAGUGAUGUGAGGUACCAUCAACAAUAUCAAAGACAAAUGAAGGGAAUGGCUGGUCCAGCCGCUGGAGCUGAGGAAUAUGUGGACCAGUACGGCCAGGGUUACUCGGAGGAGUAUGCUGAGCACAGAGGAAAGGGCAGCUUCCCGGCCAUGAUCACCCCAGCUUAUCAGAAUGCCAAGAAAGCCAACGAACUUGCUAGUGAUAUAAAAUACAGGCAGGACUUCCAUAAGAUGAAGGGUGCUGCGCAUUAUCACUCCCUCCCAGCCCACGACAACUUGGUUCUUAAGCGGGCUCAGAGUGUGAACAAGCUUGUGAGUGAGGUGGAGUAUAAGAAGGAUCUGGAAAGUAGUAAAGGUCACAGUAUCAACUACUGUGAAACACCUCAAUUCAGGAAUGUGAGCAAGAUUUCAAAAUUCACCAGCGAUAAUAAAUAUAAAGAAAACUACCAGAACCACAUGAGAGGCCACUACGAAGGAGUUGGUAUGGACAGACGGACUCUCCAUGCUAUGAAAGUGGGAAGUCUGGCAAGCAAUAUUGCCUACAAGGCCGAUUAUAAACACGAUGUUGUCGAUUACAACUACCCGGCCACUCUAACUCCUUCCUAUCAAACAACAAUGAAACUGAUUCCCUUGAAAGAUGUCAACUACAGGCAAAGCAUUGACAAGUUGAAGUACAGCUCUGUGACCAACACCCCUCAGAUCGUUCAAGCCAAAAUCAAUGCCCAGCAACUGAGCCAUGUGAAUUACCGCGCUGACUAUGAGAAAAAUAAGUUGAAUUACACGUUGCCACAGGAUGUACCGCAGCUGGUGAAGGCCAAAACCAAUGCCGAACUCUUUAGUGAGGUUAAGUACAAAGAAGGCUGGGAGAAGACAAAGGGGAAAGGAUUUGAGAUGAAGCUGGAUGCCAUGUCUCUGCUGGCCGCCAAAGCCUCUGGAGAGCUUGCUAGCAAUAUUAAAUACAAAGAAGAAUAUGAAAAAACAAAAGGCAAAGUCAUGGGAACGACAGACUCGAGGCUUCUCCACUCCCUGCAGGUUGCCAAGAUGAGCAGCGAGGUUGAAUACAAAAAAGGCUUUGAGAAGAGUAAGACCCACUUUCACCUGCCCAUGGACAUGGUAAACAUCAGGCAUGCUAAGAAGGCCCAAGCUCUGGCCAGUGACCUGGACUACAGGAAAAGCCUGCAUGAAUACACUGUGCUGCCCGAAGAUAUGAAAACUGAGUGGGCCAAGAAAGCCUACGGGCUCCAGAGUGAGCUGCAGUACAAGGCUGACCUGGCAUGGAUGAAAGGAGUUGGGUGGCUGGCCGAGGGCAGUCUCAAUUUGGAACAGGCCAAGAAGGCUGGACAGCUGGUCAGCGAGAAAAACUACAGGCAGAGGGUGGAUGAGCUGAAGUUCACCAGUGUGGCUGACAGCUCCCAGAUGGAGCACGCCAAGAAGAGCCAGGAGCUGCAGAGCGGGGUGGCCUACAAGGCAGGAAACGAGCAGUCCCUCCAUCAAUACAGCAUCAGCAACGACGAGCCUCUCUUCUUACAGGCCCGAGCCAACGCUGCCAAUCUCAGUGAGAAACUGUACAAGAGCAGCUGGGAAAACCAGAAGGCUAAAGGAUUUGAGCUGCGUCUUGACUCCUUGGCCUUCCUGGCGGCCAAAGCCAAGAGGGACCUGGCCAGUGAGGUGAAGUACAAGGAGGAUUAUGAGAGGUCCAGAGGGAAGCUCAUUGGGGCCAAGGGCGCCCAGGGGGAUACGCAAAUGAGCCACUCGCUGCAAAUGUCCAAGCUGCAGAGUGAACUGGAGUACAAGAAGGGAUUCGAGGACACCAAAUCCCAGUGCCACGUCUCCCUGGACAUGAUCCACCUUGCGCACGCCCGCAAGGCUCAGCAUUUAGCCACAGACAUAGGCUACAGGACGGCCUCGCAUCACUUCACGGCUUUGCCCACAGACAUGAAGGUGGAAUGGGCCAAGAAGGCCUACGGUCUACAGAGUGAUAACCAAUACAGGGCAGAUGUGAAGUGGAUGAAAGGCACGGGCUGGGUCGCCACCGGGUCAUUAAAUGUGGAGCAGGCGAAGAAGGCAGGAGAACUCAUUAGCGAGAAGAAGUACCGUCAGCAUCCAGAUGCUUUGAAGUUUACCAGUAUUAAAGACACUCCGGAGAUGGUCCAGGCCAGAAUUAGUUAUACGCAAGCAGUGGAUAGGUUAUACAAGGAGCAAGGAGAAAGCGUAAAGCAUCACUACACGCAGACAGCCGACCUCCCUGAAGUCCUGCUGGCCAAGCUGAAUGCCAUGAACAUCAGCGAGACACGUUACAAGGAGUCCUGGAGCAAACUUCGAGACGGCGGAUAUAAACUGAGAUUGGAUGCCAUUCCAUUCCAGGCAGCAAAGGCUUCUGGUGAAAUCAUAAGUGAUUACAAAUACAAAGAGGCAUUUGAGAAAAUGAAAGGGCAGAUGCUUGGCUCCCGGAGCUUGGAAGAUGAUAUCAGCCUUGCGCAUUCAGUGUAUGCGAGCGCACUGCAGAGUGAAGUGAAUUACAAGAAAGGCUUUGAACACUCAAAGGCACACUUCCAUCUGCCGUUGGACAUGGUAACCCUGGUGCAUGCCAAGAAGGCUCAGAGCCUGGCCAGCGACCAGGACUACAGACAUCCGCUCCCCCAGUACACUUCCUUGGCGGAAGACCUGAGGCUCAGCUGUGCCAAGAAAGCUCACAAGUUGCAGAGUGAGAAUUUGUACCGCUCGGACCUGAACUUCAUGCGGGGUGUUGCCUGUGUCAUUCCAGGCACGUUAGAGAUUGAAGGGAGAAAGAAAGCAUCUGAACUCAUCAGUGAGAGUAAAUAUCGUCAGCAUCCCCAGUCAUUCAAGUACACGGCUGUGACAGACACUCCCAGCCUCCUUCAUGCAAAACUCAGCAACCAGAUUACGAACGAGCGCCUCUAUAAAGCAGCAGGAGAGGACGCGAGACACCAGUACACAAUGACCCUGGGUCUGCCUGAGUUUGUCCGAGCAAAGACAAAUGCGGCCAAUCUGAGUGACGCAAAGUACAAGGAGUCUUGGCGUAAUCUCCGUGCUCAAGGCUACAAGCUGACAAUAGACGCUCUCCCCUUCCAGGCUGCCCGGGUCUCUGGAGAUAUAGCCAGUGAUUUUCUCUACAGACAUGACUUUGUGAAGGAACGAGGCAGGCUGAUCGGGGCCCGGAGCGUCAGCGACGACCCCCGGCUCCAACACUGCCGGCGGAUGGGCCAGCUGCAGAGCGAGCUUCAGUACAGGAGGGCGGCGGCGGGCAGCCAAGCCCAGUGCCACCUGCCCAUGGACAUGGUGCACCUGGUCCACGCCAGGAAGGCCCAGGCCCUAGCCAGUGACUACGACUACAGGACACAGUGCCACAAGUUCACGGCAGUGCCCGAGGACCUGAAGAUGGCCUGGGCCAAGAGAGCUCACGCCCUGCAGAGUGAGUUACACUACAAGUCAGACCUAAUGGGCAUGAAGGGUACAGGAUGGCUGGCGUUGAGUUCCCCACAGAUAGAGAGUGCAAAGAAGGCUGGAGAACUCAUCAGCGAGACCAAAUACCGUAAAAAACCAGACAGUAUCAAGUUCACCACGGUGGUUGACUCCCCGGACCUGGUUCACGCCAAGAACAGCUACAUGCACUGCAAUGAGCGCCUGUACCGGGCGGGGGAUGCGGAAUCGCUGCACAGGUUCACCCUGGUCCCCGACCACCCUGACUUCACCAGAGCCCGCCUCAACGCGCUGCAUCUCAGUGAUAAAGUCUACAGAAACUCUUGGGAACAGACCCGGGCUGGCGGCUAUGAUUUCAGGCUGGACGCCAUCCCAUUCCAGACUGCCCGGGCGUCCAGGGAUAUCGCCAGUGACUUCCGGUACAAAGAGGCCUUCCUGCGGGACCGGGGCCUGCAGAUCGGGUACCGCAGCAUCAACGAUGACCCGAGGAUGAAGCAUUUCCUCAGCGUUGGCAAACUCCAAAGUGACAAUGAGUACAAGAAGGACUUUGCCAAGAGUCGGUCCCAGUUCCACAGCCGCCCAGACCAGCCCGGCUUCCUCCAGGCCAAGAGGAGCCAGCAGCUAGCCAGCGAUGUGCGCUACAGGCAGCCCCUGCCCCAGCCCAGCUGUGACCCAGAGCAGCUGGGCCUGAAGCACGCCCAGAAGGCCCACCAGCUGCAGAGUGAUGUCAAGUACAAAUCAGACUUGAACCUGACCAGAGGUAUUGGCUGGACACCUCCUGGAUCCUACAAAGUGGAAAUGGCCCGGCGGGCUGCAGAACUGGCCAACGCGAGGGGCCUGGGUCUCCGGGGGGCUUACGGGGGGCCAGAGGCUGUGGAGCCUGGAGAGAAUCAGAGGGGGGAUGUGAACCCAGACGCCGCUGAGAUUCUGCACGUCAAAAGGAGGAAGGCUCUGCUGUUGUGAGGGAGCAGCGUCCACCCAGAAUUCUUGGGAGAGAAGCUGGAGAGGAAAUUUGCACGCCAGAGACAUGCUCACAUGGCUUCAGUUUGUGCCAGCUGUAAAAAUGGCGUACUAGCCCAUCCCCCAAUCCGCCUUUAUUAAAAUAACAACUCUCUGAAAGC